AUGAAGGCACCAAGUGGACCGGACGAAUGGAAAGAAAUUGCCAAAGGCGUAGUUCUCUUAGCUGUUUGUGAUGCAAACUACAAAUUCACCUUGGUAGAUAUUGGUCAAGCUGGUAGUCAAAGUGAUGGUGGCACAUUUGAAGCUUCCGAAUUUGGAAAAGCUUUUUUAUUAGGACAGAUAAAUCUUCCAGCACCGGUCUGUCUACCUCACGAAACUGGGAACCCCAUGCCAUUUGUUUUAGUUGGAGAUGAAGCAUUUCCACUAAAGCCUAACUUAUUACGACCAUAUCCUGGCAAGCAACUUGAUUGCAAUGCUAAACAGAUUUUCAAUUAUCGAUUGUCUCGUGCAUGCAGGGUUAUUGAAAACUCAUUUGGCAUCCUUGCUCAGCGAUGGCGGUUAUUGUUCAGAACAAUAAUUGCUGAACCAGAAAAGGCAGCAUUGUUAGUUAAAGCAAUAUGUGUUUUGCACAACAUGUUACGAACUGUUGGUGAUCCAUCUUAUACACCUCCAGGAUUUGCAGAUUCCAUAGCUCCGGAUGGGCAUCUGUGCAAUGGAUUCUGGCAAAGGCAAUCCAAUGCAGAGCUGGAAAGUGCUGUAAGGCUGGCAGGCAGAAAUUCAACAGCUGAAGCAAUUUCUGUAUGUCAGCACUUUACUGAGUAUUUUGUUAGUGAGCAUGGUUCAGUUGAGUGGCAAUGGGCUUACAUAAAUCAACGCUGAACACUUUUCCUAGUAAAUAAUUUUUGUCAAAAUAAACUUGAACCUUUAAAAACCAUCUUUUUUUGUUUGUGUCUUAACACAUUGAUGAAUUAUUGUAAAUAUAUUUUAAAAAAUCACUUUAACAACAGAUACUUAAGAUAAAUUAAUUGAAGGAUAA